GGGGAAAACAUUGAUGAGACUCCUUCCACCUGGGGUGCCCUUAUUACGCAUACAGCAAGCCCAUUUCCAAGUGGGGAGCCUUUAACCGAAGACACUCCAGAAGAGUCUACAAUGGCCGACAUCCGCCGUCUCGCAAACCUGCCGGGCUACGACGACACGGCGCGAGACAUCUACGAAACCCCCGACCUGACAGACGACACGACCUCCACCACCACUUUCACGCAGCGCACCACCUCCCCUCGCUCUCCGGCCUCGGGAACCUCAAACAGCAGUAACGAAGAGGACUACGAGGAUGACGACGAUGGCGCGGAGGAAUCUGAUGACCAAAGCUACGGCGUGAGUCGCAGACGACUAUACCCCGAACGCGCGCGGAGGAAGUUCAAUGGUGUCCGCUCUGGUGGGAGGGUGGACUUGAGUGAUCGGGUGGAUGGGAGACGGAAAGGCUUAAGGGUAAGGAGCACGCGUGAGAAAGAAGAAAAAGAGGAUGAGGGGUUGGAGGCGAGGAUCGCGAGGCUGCGGAGGGAGAUUGAGGAGUGUAAGGCUGAGGCUGCCGCUCAGGGAGAUGGAGGGUCGACUUUGGGGGACUUGGAGGGGCUGAGUGGAGUGUUGAAGGGAGUGGAGGUUUCUGGGAGACGAGACAGAGGCGAGGAGGUGUUUGCAGAUGCGGAGGGCGGUGUGGAAGAAGCCGGAGCCAACGCAGGAGAGGGUGUCACGGACGAACAGAUAUUGGGAAGGGUCGGGCAUUUCGAUUCCAGGCUUUCCGCGUUGGAGCAGGCCUUGGGCAUCUCGGCGUUGCACUCUGCUACCGUUGAUGCAGCAUCGACGCCCGUGCUGCCCUCGCUGUUGCUGCUGGACCAACAACUCGCUACGCUUUCGUCCGCCGGCUCUUUGAUGAAUCUCGAAACAGCGAGUGCGCGGAUACAGAAGUUGAAGACGGAAGCAGACCAACUGACGCAAUCACAAUUAUCGCAAGCCACCACAGCAAAAGAAGACGACGACGAAACGCAAUCACCCACGACGCUCACGCCCGAAGACAUGACGAAACUCCGAUCACUAUAUCAGCUGCUCCCGACCUUACAAUCGCUCUCCCCGACAGUGCCUGCUCUACUGACACGACUGAGGAGCCUGCGCACGCUACACACAACUGCUGCCACCGCGGCGGAGGCGUUGGAGGAAGUGGAGAAACGACAGGCCGAGAUGGAGGGAGAGUUGAAGGCAUGGAGGGAGGGAUUGGAGAAGGUGGAGGCUGCUGUUGCGGGGGCUAACGAAGCCAAUGGGCGGAAUGGGGUUGUUGUUGAGGGAUGGGUAAAGGAGAUUGAAGGACGAGUGGAAGGGUUGAGUGUGUAGUGCUGUAUUAAUGGAAGAGAGCUCAUAUGUGUGAGAAAUAGACUUUCGACGC